AUGAAUAGCAGCAGCGAGGGACGAUUUGUCGCACCAGGCGAGGUGGUGGUCGAUCUACAUGAAAAAAGCGACCACGUCCCUGGAAAAGGAUGUUACUUGCUCAACAACCAAAUUCGAGCCUCCGUCAUCGGAUACGUGCAUGUAAAGGAGCAGAAAGAGGGUGACCGUGUGACGAAUGUGGUGGAAAUUCAAAUCAGCGAGUUUGUCGACGAUGCAUUAAUGCCUGAAGAGGGACGAGUGGUCACAGCAAUUGUGUCUGACAUUGGACCACAAUGGGCGCAAUGUCAUCUUCUAUCAAUGGAGGACCGGAGAAUAGACAAGGACUUUGAGUACAGGCUGCCGAAGAACAAUAUGAGGGACACGCUUUUUGCUUCAGAGAUUGAAGUGCUCGAUUGCGUACAGCCGGGCGAUAUCAUCCUGGCCAGGAUCGUGGAUUAUUCCUUCCGGCAACGAGCCUAUGUGCUAACAAUUGCAGAAGAAGAGCUUGGAGUGGUUUACGCACAGGGCGUCAAGUCAAGACUACGUCCGCUCGACUUCGAAACUGUCAUCGAUGACCGCACAGGCGUCAAGGAGAAGCGAAAGGUGGCAAAGGUUCCGAUGUACUUGAACGCGUCGCUGUUCGAUCAACUUACCACGGCAAAAGACAAACUUAUAAAAGAAGAACCACAAGAGGCCAGCGAUGCC